AUGAAGAUCACCAGGACCCCAAAGCGGCUGGCCGAGGCUAGACCCGAGGUGAAGCGGCUGAUCGAGCGCGUCCAGAAUGCCGACGACGAGCAGCUGCCGGGCGUGCUGGACAGCAUCUCGGAGUGGUGCUGGCCGCGCGGCGACCUCUUCUACUGGGUGCCCACGCUGAAUCGCUUCGACGUCAUUCUCGAGGAGACGUGCCGCGACUACGACCUGCACAAGCUGCAGAUCAACGAGUUCACGCCGUCGCGCAAGCGCCUCCUCGUCGCCGUCCUCCGCUUCACGCGGCUCCUCGUCGAGAACUGCAUGAACCGCAAGCUGUACGGCUCGUUUGAGCACCUCAACAACCUCCUCUUCACGCGCGACCUCGACGUGCUCGAGGCCACGCUCCGCCUGCUGCUCCGUCCUGCACAGCACCAGAGCCUGAUGCAGCCACACUCGCGCUACGACAUGCACAUCUCCCAGGACCGCCUUGCGACACUCGCCGUGACGUGGACGCCGCGCGGCCACAAGCUCGACCUCGCCGAGCUGGCCACCGACGACGCCGUCGUCCCCGCUGAGCACCUCUCUGUCCGCUUCCAGUUCUACCGGCGGCACCGUUCGUCGGCAGCGUCAAACAAGGCCUCAUCUUCAUCGACGACGCCAGAUACAGCAGCCGGCGGCGGCGCUAGCAGCAUCAGCAGUGGCAGCACCAGCAGCGAACGUCCGACGGCGAUGACGAGCAGUGUCUCUGCCUCUUUUGCCGGCGGGGUAGGAGCUGGAGCAGGUCCUUCUACGGCGACAACACAGGGCACCUCUGCCUCUGCCUCGGAGCACAAGGCCGAGGGCAUGGUCACCAUCGACCUUGGCCGGCCCGCCGAGCUGGGCCACAGCCCCGUCGACGUCCUCGCCGACGCCAUCGAGGCCCACGACAUCCCCGAGUCGGACCACUUUGAGCUGUUCCAGAAGAUCCGCCUCGCGAUGCUGCUCCCCAACGCGGCUGCCCGGCGCCAGCUCAUCGUCUGCCGGCUCCUCGCCCUGGCCACGUACGCGCACACGUGCCCCGAGAGCAAGGCCGCCACCCAGCUCUUUCUCUACGAGCCCGACGUGGUGCCGCGGACGGCUGCCCUCGUCGACCCUGCGCGCAAGCUGCCGCAGGACAUUGUCAGCAGCGCCCUGUAUGCGCUCGAUGCGCUUGGCCGCUACAAGAGUAGGCUCGCCGAGGUUCUCGCUGCGCUCAACACAUCGGUCAACCACGGCAUUCUGCUGCAUCUCCUCCGCCAGCUCAUUGACGACCUGGCCACGGGUGCGCCUGCCUCGUCCGAGUUCUUCGUCGACGCUCUUUAUGGCAUGCUCUCGUUUGUCACGUCGACGAGCAACGGCAACUCGAUGGUCGUCGGUGCGGGCCUUGUCCAGCUGCUCGUCGCCCUCGUCAAGACGGGCCGCACAGACACGUACAUGGUCCAGCGCAGCGUCACGCGCGCCAUCGGCCUCAUCGACACGGUCAUCUACACGAACCCGCACGCGUUCACCAUCUACUGCCAGGCCCAGGGCCCCGACGUGUUUGUGGGCCGCAUCGAGCACGAGGUGCAGGCCGAUCUCGCGCAGGGUGCCAGUGGCAGUGGCGGCAUCGAAGGCAGCAGCAGCAGUGGCAGCAGCGAAGACAAAGACGCCAUCUACGGCCGUCUCUCGUUUGGAAAGGCCAACCUGCUGCGCCAGUACCUCAAGUCGAUCACCCACAUGAUGUCCACCGCGGGCACGGCCGAUGGCCUGCGCAACCUCAUCGACGGCUCGCUGCCUGCGUCGAUCAAGACGAUGAUGGAGCACCGCCGCGUGUUUGGGCCCCAGGUCGUCGCCUACGCCAUCAAUGUCAUGGCCACCUUUGUGCACAAUGAGCCGACGUCGCUGGCCGUGGUGCAGGAAAAGAAGCUGCCCGAGGCGUUUGUGCGCUUUGUCGAAGACGACAUCGAGGCCUCGUACGACGUCAUCUGCGCGAUCCCCAAUGCCGUCGGCGCCCUCUGCCUCAACCAGGCCGGGCUGGACAUGCUGAGCGAAAAGAACAUCAUCCCACGCCUCUUUGCGCUCCUCACCUCGGAGCGCCACCUCGGCGUGCUGCAGGAUCGCGACAAUGCGUCGGCGUUUGGCGCCGCCGUCGACGAGCUCGUGCGCCACCAGCCGUCGAUGAAGCAGCCGGUCAUUGACGGCAUCCUCGCUGCCCUCGACCGCAUCCACGCCAUUGGCGCCGAGUACGAGCCCCCGGCCGUGCCCGAGGACGGCGCCGUUGCCUCUGUCUACCGUCUCGAGCGCGUCGAUGGCGGCGGCGACACUGCGAGCGCGGAUGAGAUGCAAGUUCAGUCUCAGUCUCAGGCGCAGACAGUGACGCAUGCAGAGGCGCAGACAGAGGCACAAACACAAGCGCAGACACAGGCACAGGCACAGGUGCAGGCGGCGCAGACGCUCGCCAUGGCCGACACGGUCAUGGACGACGCCGACGCACUCAGUGCCAAGCCGCCCGACAAGCACCAGGCCAACGUCGUCGUCGGCUUCAUCGACGUCACUGCCCGCUUCCUCGAGUCGCUCUUUCAGUCCUCGGCCCACUGCAAGGACUUCCUCAAGGCCGACGGCCUGGACCGCAUCCUUGGCCUGUAUGCGCUGCCGUGCCUGCCGUACAACUUUGCCGCCACGCUGUGCGCCGACUCGGUCGUGACGCUCCUGCGCACCAUUGCCGUCGUCAACAUCAACACUGUCAUGGCUGCUCUGCUGCGCGAGGUGCGCCGCUCCAUCGACGAGACGCGCGCGCUCCUCGCCGACUCGGCCGCCAAGCGCGACUCGACGCUGGCCCCGCUCCUCGCGCCACGCAGCGACGACGAGGCGCGCGAAAAGACGGGCGCCUUCCGGCUCCUCAUCCGGCUCAAUGCCCGCCUGCAGCUCCUCGCCGAUGUCGCGCCCUCGCUCACCUACUCGAGCAGCAAGUCGCCCACGGCGCUCCUCCAGCCACUCAACGGCGCACGGCCCCUCGCCAGCCGGGACAUGGCCACCAUCGCCGACCUCGGCGAGCUGUACCGCGCCGUCGUCUGGGAGGCGCUCCUGCUCAAGGCUGCGACACCCGCGCUCUCGGUCCCUGCGUCUGCAGCUGCAUCUGCUGCUGCGUCUGCAUCUGCUUCUGCUGCCCCGUCUGCUUCUGCCGAGGCUUCUGGGUCUGCCUCUGGCCCUGCUCCUGGCUCUGCUGAGGCUGGUUCUAAUUCGAUAUCGACGGCAGGUCCUGAGUCAGCUCCAGCUCCGACAGCUCCUGAAGCUACGAUCAAAGACAAGGCACCAACAGCAGCAGCAGCCCGCGACAGAAACGCACAGGCGCUGCGCUACCUGCUGCUCCAGCUCAGCCACUCGCUCAAGACGUUCAUCGUCGACGUCGCCCGCAACAUUGCCAACCCGCGCCGGGCCCAGGAGGUGCUCCACUCGGCCAACCGGCAGCUGCACCAGGAGACGGCUGCCCAGAUGGCCGCCCUCGUCAAGCACCACCUCGCCUGGCGCGACCACGCCAACGUUGCCUUUGGCUGCGCCUAUGCCACGACCAUGCUCGCCCACGCCAACGCCAUCCUCUACAGCGACCGGCCUGGCCACCACCAUGGCGAGCGCGAGGCCCACACGCUGAUCCUCGCUGCUUUCGUUCAGCGCAGCGGCGGCAUGGACGACGUCGUCGCCGUCUUUGGCCACUGCUACGCCGAGUUGCGCCGCCACUACCACCACAACGACAACGAAGACGGCCGGCCCAUCGAGGCAGCCAGCCUGCAGGAGCACCUGCUCCAGUGCCACAGCUGCAACGGCCUCCGCGAGGCCCUGGGACUGCUCAAGCUCCUCGUCUCGGCAAAGGGCCUCAUCGGCACGGCGGCCACCAACGCCCUCGUCUCGGCCGAGGAUGUGCCGCGCUCGUCGCCAGACUACUUUGCGCCCCACGAGCUGCUUAUCGAGCUGCGCGAGCGCGCCAUGGCCUGCCUCGAGACGGUGUGGAACCAGGCCUGGCUCGUGUACCUGCCCUACGACGUCAACCAUGCCGUGCUCGACAUCUGCGAGCGCAUCGCCACCGCCGAGGGCGAGGAGGCGCCGGCGUCGGCCAAGACGGACGCGCUCGCCAACGCCAAUGGUGGGAGUGUUGGUGUCAAUGGCAGCGGCGGCCGCGGCGCAGGCAUCCAGGCUGCGCUUGCUGGGCUCAGCGGCACCCUCGCCGGCAACGGCCCCUUUCGAUCGCGCCUCGGCCAGGCCUCGUCCUCGUCUUCUUCUACCCAGCAGCAGCAGCAGCAGCAGCCCGACGAGGAGCGCGUGCGCCAGCUCACCGAGAUGGGCUUCCCGCGCCGCGCUGCCCGGCAUGCGCUCCAGCGCUUUCCAACAAGCGUCAAUGCCGCCACCGAGUACCUCCUCCUCCACCCGGGCCUCGUCGCCUCCAUGGCUGACGACGAGGCGCCGGCGUCGUCUUCCGAAGCGCCGACCGGCGCUGCGGGUGCUACGACAGGAGACAAUGCGAGUACAAGCGCGGCAGGUGCGACGGAAGGUGCGACUGCGACGGAAGGGGCAACAGCUGCCGCGACAGAGACAGCGCCACCCGAGACAGCACCGGCGGCAGACGGAGGUGCGUCGACGACGGAAGACGAGGCCGGCCGCGCCAUGGACACGGACGACGACGUCAUUGUCGAUGCGAGCGCGCCGGCUGCUGGAGCUGCGCCGGCGCCCUCGGCCGAGACGCCGGGAGAGGCGGCAGCGCCCAGUCAGGAGGCGGCCAGUCAGCCGAUGCAAGAGGGAGAGGAGGACAUGAAGGAGGACAAGGAGGACAAGGAUGGGGAGAAGAAGGAAGAAGAAGAGAAGAAGAAGGAGAAGGAAGAAAAGAAGGAGGACGAGGCGGCCGAGGAGCGCGAAAAGCAGCGCAAGGCGAGCCUGGACGGCAUGCGCGACGAGAUGCUGCGCGACUUCUACAAGCGCGCCCUGCUGAUCGCGGACCACCACAAGGGCCUCGUGUUUGCCGUGCGCAACAUUGUCAAGAUCACGACCAAGAAGACGGGCCCGCUCGACGUGCUCCGCUCCCUCUUUGACGAGGUCGCCCAGGCGGCCCCCGAUGCCCUUUCACCAGCCAAGCAGGACCUCCUAACUGUGCGCCUGCACCUGCUCGCCAUCCUCUUUGACGACCUCGGUGCCGCCGUCGAGGUUGGCGACGAUGCGGCCAAAUCCUUUAUGAAUGCGCUCGUCUCGCUCCUCGCUCCUCUCGAGCAGCAGCGUGCCACGGCUGCUGCUGCUGGCGCGCCCCUGGACAAGGACAGUGCCACCGUGGCAGCCACGGCCGCAGCCCCACGGUGGACCGCGUCCUUCUUCCUCGUCCUCGGCUCUGUCCUCUCGCUCGAGGAGGAUAUCAACGAGGUCGCCAUGGCCAAGAAGGGCGAGCCGGUGCCGGAGUCGAGGGAGUCGAGGUCGCCGCCGCCUGAGCUGAAGCCCGAGACGCAGCCUGAGUCGAAGGCUGAGUCGAAGUCGAAGUCGCCAUCUUCCUCCCCACGCAGGGAGGCCCUCUUUGCCGACUGCUGGCCGCGCCUCUUUGCCUGCACCCUCGCCUGCCUCGCCCACGCCCAGGGAUUCAGCAACGCGGACCUGACGGCCAUCUACCGCUUCCUCGUCGUGCUCUCGCGCAAGUCGCUGGCUGCACCGCUGCUGGCGCGCGACGGCCUGCGCGCACUCCUCAAGCCGUUUGCCACCCUCGAGCCCGACGCCGUCGCCGGCUGUCAGGCCCUCGCCGUCAUUGUGCUCCGCCACGUCGUCGAGUCGGAGCCGCUGCUGCGCACGACGAUGACGCACGAGCUGCGCGCCUGGCUCGGCCGUGCGCGCUCAAAGACAAUCGACACGAGCUCCUUUGCCCUCUAUCUGGGACACAGCAUGCUCCGCGACACGGCCGUCUUCUUUGACGUCCUCCAGGACAACAUGGAGAUGGUCGGCUUCUCCACCGACAAGGGCCAGGGCUACCUCCAGCUCGCCUCUGGCAAGAAGGACGGCGAUGAAAAGAGCAGCGGCGGCAAGACCCAGACGGAAGACGAGGCGAUGGACCACAUGCCCGCCUCGCCGACCAAGCCGGGCAGCCAGCCAGCCGAGCCGCUGCUCCUGCCCCAACAGCAGCAGCAGCAGCCCGGCGACGACGGCGGUGCGACUGCCAGCGCGGCAAAGGGCAAGGAAAAGGAGGCUGCCGCGACGGGAAGCGAGGCAGAGUCGCUCGACGUCGUCAUGCAUUUCCUGCUCUCGGAGCUCCUCAAGACCUCGCGCGACCGCAACGUGCAGCUCGAGGCGCGCAAGAAGACGGCUUUCUCAGCAGCGGUGACUUCUACAGCAGCAGCAGGAGAAGCCAAGGACAGCAAGGACGGCAGGGAAGGCAGUGGCAGCAAGGACACAGCCAUGGACGUCGACGCCAACGCCAGCGACGAGGAGCGGCACAGGAAGCGCCAGGAGGACGAGCAGCGGCUCGAGGCGGACCGCAACUUCUUCUACUCGUGCUUCCUCCUCCAGGCCAUCACCGAGCUCCUCUCGUCGUACAUGCCCUGCAAGACGUCGCUGCUCAACUUCAACAAGCGCAAGCUCCUCACGCCGUACGCGGGGCCUCCGUCGUCCGCAGCAGGAGCACUAACACUGGCAGGUGCGGCACCAUCGACACCGGCCGCAACAAAGGACACGCCGUCCAAGGCGGCGACGAACCGGUCGGCAGCCAUCCUCAGCUUCUUCCUCACCGACCUGGCCCCGAUCAGCUUCGUGCACCACUGCGAGCCAUCGGAGCUGCGCAAGCUCGUCACCCUCUCGAAUCUGGCCAUGUCUGUCAUUGUCGCCCUGUGCGCCGACAUCGUCUACAGCCCCGACGCUAAAGAGGCCCCGUCUGACCUCGUCGCUGUGCGCAAGGCCGUCCUCGAUGGCCUGGCGAAAGCGCUGCGCGACGCCGCAUCACCCACCUCGGCCGAACACGUCGAGGCGCGCUACGGCCGCAUGUAUGCGCUCUCGGACCUGUGCUACCGCCUGCUGACGGCACACCCGAACCUGAACCCCAACGCGUCGUCGAAGCAGCAGGGCGACCUGUCGCUGCACAUGGCCAAGACGAUGCUCGAAAAGGGCUUUGUCCACGUGCUCACCAACGCCCUCGCCGAGGUCGACUUGAACUUGGCGACGGUCAAGCCGCUGCUGGUGCGCAUCCUCAAGCCGCUCGAGCACCUGACCAAGAUUGCCAUCAAGGUCAACAAGGCCGAGCGCAAGGGCGCUGCUGCUGCUGCUGCUGCUGCUGCGUCGGCCGGUCAGCGCGACGGUGCUGGUGCUGUCACCAUGAUGGACCAGGACAUGGGCGUCCUCGAUGCCGUCGACUCGGACGACGACGAGGACUCAGACGACGACGAUGAGGGCUCGGACGCCGACGACGAUGAAGAUGAAGACGGCGAAGACGAGGACGGCGACGUGCUCGAUGGCGGUGCAGAGGCCGGCACCGGCAGGGACGAGACGCCCGACUUCUACCGUAACUCGAGCCUGGGCAUGCACACGGGCGAGCUGGAGAAUGGCCAGCCGACGUACGACGGCGACGAGGACGACGAGGAUGACGAGAUGGACGACGACGACGACGUCGAGAUGGAGGCCUUCUCCGACGACGAGGAGCACAGCGAGGACAGCGACGAUGACAUUGAGGAGCACAUCGUCGAGGUCAUGGAUGAGGGCGACGACGACGAGGACAGCGACGAGGAUGAGGAGAUUGACGAUGACGACGAUGACGAUGACGACGACAUCGACGAUGAAGACGCCGAGAUCAUCGACGCCGAAGAGGGCUCCUGGGUCGAUGAGGACGACGACGAAGACGAGGAUGAAGAUGAGGACGCCGACGAGGACGGCCGCGUGGCCGAAGAAGGCGACGCCCUCGAUUUCGUCCUCGACGGCGAGGGCCGGCCCCUGCCGCGCCACUUCUUCGACGAGGCUGCCGAAGCGGCUGGCCGCGACGUUGACUACGUCGGCGGCCUCAUGGACGACGGCGGCCACAUCGACUUCAUCGACGGCGACGACGACGUCGAGGAGCUCGACGAGGACGAGGACUCGCUCGACGACAUGUACGACCAGGAGGAGCUCUCGCAGCUCGAUUUCGAGGAGACGAUGCUCCAGCAGCACCAGCCCCCGCCCCAGGACCGCUUCGGCGCCGACUGGGCCUGGACCAACGUCGGUGCGCCCUCUGGCCUCGGCGGUGCCGCAGGCCAUGGCGGCGCAAGUGGCGGUGGCGGCGGCGGGGGCAGCGGUGGUGGCGACGCGGGUCACGUGGGUGACUCGGCCGUCUCCUCGUCGCUCUUCCCGCCCUCGUUCAUUGUCAAUGCCGGACGGUCCCGCGGCGGCGGUGCUGGCCGACACAGUCGUCCCUCGGCGGCGUCGCUCAUGGGCUUCCACUACGAUCCCACGGGUCGCGGUGGACCCCACCUGGCGUCGUCGUCAUCGUCAUCCGGCGCGCGACGCGGCCUGGCCGGGGGACCCGACGACGUGGCCUCGCACCCGCUCCUCACCGGCGCUGGCACCGCCGACGGCAGUGAUCGUACGCUGGCCACGGGCGGCCGCAGCGGGCAACACCGGCACUCGGCUGGAGUGGUGGGCGGACAUCAUCAUCGCCACCACUCGGCGCGCGGCGGCGCCGGCGGCGGUGGCCUCGGUGGCAGCCGGACCGACAUGAUCACCGAGCUCAGCCGCAACAUCGAGGACCUGAUCGGCGGCGGCCAGGGCGCAUUCCAGUUCCUCGAGCAGCUCCUCAGCCGCAGCGGCGGGCCCCAGAUGGGCGACAACAUCCACAUCUCUGUCUCGGCCGACGGCAACGGCUUUGCGCGCUACUCGGUCGGCGGUGUCGGCAUGGAGCGCCUGCCGCCGCCCACGGGCACGGCCACGCACCGGCCCCACCCCCAUGUGCUCCCGCCAGGGCCGCACCCGGUGCAGUCGACGACACAGCCCACCAAUGCUGCUGCUGCUGGCGGCGGGGUCAACAGCAGUGGUGGCAACAACAGCAGCAGCAGCAGUCACAACAACACAAGGCAAGCAGACCCCGUGGCCAUCGUGCAGGACUUUGUGCCGCAGCCGACGGCGACGCGCUGGAGCGAGACGGCGCGCGUCAUCCACGGCAGCGCCGCCAACGAGCGCACGGCGCGGCUGCGCAACCACAUUGUCAAUGCCCUCCGUCCGGGGUACGAUGCAAGGCAGGAGCAGGCCAAGGCGCGCCAGAAGGAGCACGCCGACGCCGUGGCAGCUGCUGCGGCCGAGUGCGACGCGCUCAAGGCUCAGGUCCAGGCAGCCAAGGCGGCGCUCAGCACGCUCCAGGGCGAAGAAAAGGCCGCGCGCGAGGCCAUCGAUGCGCACAAGCGGCGUCUUGAAGAAGAGCAGCAGCAGCAGAAGAAGCGCGACGAGAAGAACGAGACGAGCGAGGACAAGAACGCGACGAGCGACGACGUCGAGAUGGCCGACCAGCCCGCGGCGCCGUCGUCGCAGCAGCCCAACCUCGAGCUCGGCUCGCUGCAGGAGGGCCUCGACGAGCUCGACGCGACGGGUGCGCGACGCACGCCGCAGCAGGCGCACCAGCAGGAGGGACAGCAGGAGGGACAACAGCAGCAGCAGCAGGAAGGACAGCAAGGGCAGGAACAGCAGGGAGGAGGCGAGGCACCCACGCGCAUCACGACGACCGUCAACGGCCGCGAGGUCGACAUCACCGACACGGGCAUCGACCCGACGUUCCUCGAGGCGCUGCCCGACGACAUGCGCGAGGAGGUCCUCAACCAGCACUUCCGCGAGCGCAGGGCGGCCGCCUCGACGCAGGGCGCAGAGACGAGCAUUGCGCCCGAGUUUCUCGAUGCGCUCCCGCCCGAGAUCCGCGCCGAGGUGAUCCAGCAGGAGGCCGCCGAGCGGGCCCAGCGCCGCGCCGCUGCUGCCGCCCUUGCCUCGUCGUCGGCCACCGGCACCGGUGCUGGCUCAGCAGGGUCCGCCGAGCCCGCGCAGAUGAACAAUGCCUCGUUCCUCGCCAGCCUCAACCCAGACCUGCGCAACACCGUCCUCAUGGAGUCCGACCCCAUGUUCCUCGAUGGCCUGCCCUCGGACAUGGUUGCCGACCUCAACGAGCUGCGGCAGCAGAGCGGCGCCGGUGGUGGUGGUGGUGGCCGACGUGUCGACUUGCGCCACCUCCACCGCCGCUUUGAUGCUGCGGGCAAUCCGAUCCAGUCGAGGCACGCCUCGGGCAGCGGCGGCGAUCGGCAGGGCAGCGGACAGCAAAGCAACCAGCAGGCUUCCUCCUCCUCGAACACUACUGGGGCCCAGCAGCAGCAGCAGCAGCUGCGCGACGCCAUCCAGCUCCUCGACAAGGCCGGCGUCGCCACGCUCGUCCGCCUCCUCUUCUUCCCCCAGAUCGACAGCCGGCACACGGGCCUCCACAAGGUCCUCGUCAACCUGUCGGAGAACAGCAAGACGCGGACGGAGCUGUUAAACCUGCUCCUGGGCAUGCUCGCCGACGGCACAAGCGAUGUCGGCAGCGUCGACAAGAGCUAUGCGCAGAUGAGCGUGCGCGUCAGCAAGGCCACCGCCCAGGUCCAGACGCCCGAGCGGCCCACGGCUGGCUUGCGCCGACACAACUCGACGCCUGCUGGUCCUGCAGCAGCGGCAGCGACACCUGCACCCGCGACGCCCAUUACACCCCAUGUCACCUUUGCAGGCGCUUCGACACCGGCAGGCGCAGGCGCAGCGACAGGCACAUCCUCAGCCACCGCGCCGCUCUCUAAGACGGGCGACGAGGCGCCGUACCUCAUUGCCUCGCGCACCAUCGAGACGCUCCUCCACCUCACCUCGUACAACGAGCAGGCGGCCCUGCACUUUUUGCGCGACGAUGCCGGCCAGGCUGCGCGCGCGACCAAGAAGGGCAAGGCCAAGGGCGCCGCCCCGCUCGCGCCCAUCAAUGUGCUCCUCGCCCUGCUGAGCAAGCCCUCGAUCCUCGGCCACGCCCAGCUCGUCGACUCGCUCAUUGCGCUUCUCAAUAUUGUCACCAAGCCCCUGCCGGCCAUUGUGGCCAAGAAGCGCCACCAGGACGAGCAGGCCGAGAAGGCUCAGGCGGACAAGACCCAGACCAAGACAAAGGCCGAGGCAAGCACGAAGGACAAGGACGAGGACGCAGAGCAGGCCGGCGACACUACGGCGACGCAGACGGGCCAGAAGCCGUCCGAGACGGCAGCAGACCCACCGGCGAUUCCCUCGAUCUCGAGCGAGCGCAUGGCCGCCGUGGUGCGCCCGCUCGCCACGUCCAUCUCCUCCAAGGGCUUCCAGCACACGCUCGCCGUCGCGUCGAACCUCUCGGCCAUGUCUGCCGAGGCCAAGCAGACGAUCCAGGAGGCGCUCCAGCGCGAGGCAGACGCCGCGAGCAAGAGCCUCGUCCAGGACCUCGACAACCUCCUCGAGUCGCUGCCUCCCGUCGAGAGCAAGCCGGGCGGCGACGAUGACGACGACGACGAGAACCAUCAGCAGCAGUCGCAGCAGCAGCAGGGCCAGCUCCUGGGUGGGGAGCAGCAGGCGCCGCAAGAGGAAAAGGCGAGAAUCGAGAGCCCGGCACUCAACGGCCUCGCGAGCCCCAGCAGCUCCCAGACGGUCAUUCUGCGCAGCCUGCGGGCCCUCGAGUGGGUCCUCACAAGGCCCAGCAAGACGGCCUCGUCUGGCGCCGCCCACAACUCGGCCGGAGGAGCCAAUGGAAGCGGGUCCCACGCGCAGAGGGGCGCAUCUGGACCCAUGGAGGCCCUCAGGGUCUUGGCCUCGGGCCUGUCGUAGUCUUCUGAUCAUCAUCAUCUCUCAUUCACUUUUUGAGAAGGUCUAGCGAACAGAGAAGAAACAUCUUGUAUAUAAACACGCGAGACGGAGAGAUCAAACAAAGAGACGUAGCAGAACGAGAGUGGUGAAACGGUCAUGUCUGAGGAUUAGGACCAUCAGGGUGUUGCGGCCGCCUCCUCUUUCGUGCCUUUUUAGGGUUUCUGCCCUUUCGAGGACCGAGGACUAUUUUGCCUUGG